CAUGUGACCGGCGGGGAGAACGGCCUACCCGGGCCUAAUGGCGGCGGCGACUCCGGGCUGGAGUUGCAGUGGCGGCCGGGCCCGGGUGGGGGGAGGCGCGGGCUGAGGAGCGCGGGCGAUGGGCCGGGCGGGGAGCCCACCCGAGGACCAGGCCGAGGGGCGCUGCCCGCUGUGGUCACUGCCGGAGGAGCUGCUGCUGCUGGUCUGCGCCUACUUGGACGCGCGGGACUUGGGCCGCCUGGGCCAGGCCUGCCACCGCCUCCGCCGCUUCGCCGCCAAGGACGCGCUCUGGAGGCGCCUCGCCCGCGCCGCCCUCAACGCCGGCUUCAACGCCCGCGGUGCCGACCUAGUAACUGGUAUCCCAGUAAAGGAGAGAGUCAAAGUUUCUCAAAACUGGAGGCAUGGACGCUGUCGGAGAAUCCCACUCCUCAAAUGGAAGCGCAAUUUAAUGCCCUGGAUGCAGUUGGAUGGGGACUACCUCUACUUAUCCCAAGCAGAAGACAUCCAAGUUUAUUGGCUACAUCCCAAUGGCACCAGCUUGCAAUGCAGUCCUCAGGCGGUCUUCUCUGGACACCAGGAGGACGUGUGCCGCUUUGUGCUUGCUAAUGGCCAUAUUGUCAGCGGAGGAGGGGAUGGUGCUAUCGUUCUCCAUAAACUGAAUGGCUCCUGCAGCUUCAAGUUUUUGGGGCAUGAACAGGAAGUGAAUUGUGUGGAUUCCCAAGGCAGCAUUAUUGUAAGUGGCUCCAGGGACAAAACAGCAAAGGUUUGGUCCCUAUCUCCAGGUAGAGCUGGAAAGUGCCUGCACACAAUACAGACUGAAGACCGUGUCUGGUCCAUUGCCAUUAGUCCAUUAUCAAGUUCAUUUGUGACAGGAACAGCAUGCUGUGGACAUACUUCACCUUUGAGAAUCUGGGAUUUGGAGAGCGGGCAGCUGGUCACUUGCCUUGGAACAGAUUUCCACCGGGGAGCUGGAGCCUUGGAUGUUUUCUAUGAAACACCUUCCACAUUGCUGUCUUGUGGGUACGAUACUUACAUUCGCUACUGGGACCUAAGGACAAGCACAAGGGAAUGUGUCAAAAAAUGGGAAGAGCCACAUGAUAGUGCCCUGUACUGCAUUAGGAGCGAUGGAAAUCACAUGAUUGCAAGUGGCUCCUCUUAUUAUGGCGUGGUCCGUCUUUGGGAUAAACGGCAAACUAGAUGCUUGCAGAGCUUCUUCUUGUCAUCUCCUGUUAGCAGUCCUGUUUAUUGUCUACGCUUCAGCACCACGCAUCUCUAUGCCAGUCUGGCAUCUGCACUGUAUUGCCUCGAUUUCACCACCUCCUGACAGAGAUUGCCCUGGACUUGCAGAUCUGAUAUCCAGCUCAGGGAGUACAAAGAAGAAAAUGUCUUUCAGACAACAAGCAGACUGAAAAUCACAAAGUGCUAAGGAAAACCCUGUGUAGAGAAAUAUACUUGCCUUCUGGUUUCAUUAAGAGUAAGGUCUCCUGCCGACUCUUAUUUUAUACAUAUGGGGGUUCUGUUGCUGGUUUUAUUUAUAUGAAAACAUCAUUCAGGAAAAUUGAAGAUGUGUGCAGUCUUUUUUAACAUCCACCUUUGUGUGCUGCAAGUUGCACUGUGUUCAUCUGCUGGUGUUAGUUUAGGAGGAAGUACCCUGGACAGUGAAGUGGCUAAUAAAUAUCCUUUUACUUCUGCUUUACUGAUACUCAUCACUGCCUCAUAAAUGAACAGUGUUUUAAGACUGAAGCCUUAGUUGGCUUUGUGCAAGUUGUACCAAAUGUAAUAGCUAUGGUCUGACACUGAACAGAAUGCUUCCUUGAAUUGAUACUGUUAGGUCAACAUGCUGAAUAAACUGUGAAAGUUUAUGCAUGAAA